AUGGGCUUCUCUAUCCUGAGGGGAGGUCUCUUGGUCAAAACAGUCAUACCUGAUGACUCUGAGAUAAUCACAGCCUGCAAGCGAGGGGACAUUUCCACUGUCCAAAGAUUAUUUAUGUCUCGAAGAUCAUCUCCAUAUGAUGUAACUGAGUCAAAUUGUGGACCAUUACGGUUCGCUAUCGAGAGCGGGUCCUUAGAGCUGGUCAAGCUGCUCUGUCACUAUGGGGCUGAUGCCAAUACAACAUUUGGACAGUUUGAGACAAGCCCUCUAGAAUGGGCAUUUCGAACCAGACAUAUCGAAAUUGCGCGCUUCUUCCUCACGCAAGGAGCUUCCCUAGACUAUCUCUGCUACCGUGGAUGGACUCCAGCAAUGCUACUCUUCCAGAAAGACUUCCCAGAAGUCCCUCCCGAGUUCUUUGGACUCCUAUCUUGUAACUCCUUUACAGAUAUUGAUGUUCAGGACCGUUAUGGGGCCACGGUAUUACAUCGAGCUGCUUUAUGGGGGACAAUAGGAGAUAUAAAUGCACUUCUCCGACUUGGUGCAUCGCCGUUAUUAAUGGACACCGAUGUUGGAUGGACGCCUGCGUUUGGCGCAGCAAGUAUGAAUAAUGCUGCGGUACUGAAAAGGCUGGUCGAGAUUAUGCUCCCGGACUUUGUUCAUCAUAUUGACUUUCCAGGCCGGACCAUCCUACACAUUGCUAUUGAAUCUGGGGGCCCUGAAGCCAUCGUGUUUGCUCUGGAAUUGGGGGCUGACCCCCAUCAACCUUCACGGAUAGUGGUGGAUGAGGGCGGCGCUGCCACAGAGGUAACGCCUUAUGAGUUUGCAAAUUCAAAGGGCAGCGAUAUCUAUGAAGUCUUUAUCAGGGCUCUUCAAAUGGUUGGACAUAGUAUCUCAACUGUCGAGGGGCUUUAUGUUCUGGGAUACAGUGGAGCGAAAGUCCACAUGACAAGGUUGGUAUAUCAUGCUGGGAUAAUCCAUCGUCGAAAUUCAGCCUAA